AUGGCUCAAUCACUGCUGGCUCUGUUCAUCACGAACCCAUUGCUCUAUGUUUUUUCGGUAAUCUAUUAUAUCUCCCAAACCUUCGUUGCGUGGAUUUUCGGACCGUCAUGGAACCGGCCGAAGUCUUUCGAGGGUCUGCCAAGAAGAAGAAUUGCUAUUAUUGGUGCAGGCCUGACGGGCAUCUCAUCAGCAGCGCAUUGCGUCAGCCAUGGCUUUGAGGUGCAAAUUUUUGAGGCACGAGGUAAAGAGAAGGGAUUGGGGGGUAUUUGGAGUCGCGUGAACUCUACAUCAGCAUUGCAAAUCAACAGCAUCAUGUAUCGGUUUCACCCGACCGUGCGAUACAAGCACGCAUAUCCAACCCAACACGAAAUUCGCGACCAGAUCGUCGAUUUAUGGAACCGAUAUGGGUUGAAUGAGCGAACUGAGUUCGGUACACCGGUUACAUCCAUCAAAAAAGCAAAGUCGUCUGGCAAGUGGGUCAUCAAUGAUCACCCAGAGAAAUACGGAAGCUUUGACGGCGUUAUAACAGCUGUCGGGGUUUGUGGAGAUCCUAAAAUGCCUGGGUUGCCCGAUCAAGACCAGUUUAAGGGUGACAUCUGCCACUCGUCAGAUCUCGACGGCAAGGACAUCAAAGGCAAGAGAGCUCUUAUUAUUGGAGGCGGUGCAAGCGCUAUUGAGGCACUGGAAUUCGCAGUCAACUCUGGAGCCGCCGAGAUCGACGUUCUCUCGCGCUCAGACAAAUGGAUCAUUCCACGCAAUAUCCUUGUACAAAGCUUGCUGGCCUGUAACAUAUGGGGAGAAGAGACCACUUUGGCGUGGAUACCCGAGUGGCUCCUCCACAAGUUCUUCUAUCGCGACCUACAGGAUAUUGCUCCGGAGAGCGGUCUAUUCACCACGACUCCUAUGGCGAACUCUGAUCUCUUCAAGCUUAUUCGAAAGGGCAAAGCACGUUGGCUACGCGGUGACAUCUCGUCAGUGAAAGAAAACGGUAUCCUUUUCAACCACCGAUCAAAGGAGGUACCCAAGGGUGGACCUGGUUGCGAGAAGGUCGUUCCGGGCGAUAUCAUUAUUAUGGCAACUGGUUUCAAACGCCCCUCGCUUUCGUUCCUUCCCAACGACUCCUUUGAGGAGAAUUACUCCCCUCCUGACUGGUAUCUCCAAGUUUUCCCUCCCAAACAUCUUAGCAUUUGCGCCAACAACAGCACCUACGUUAACGCCAUUGGAACAGUAGGAAAUAUUCAUAUCGGAAUUUAUACCCGGUUCUUACUCAUGUUCCUGACUGAUCCACUCACGCAACCUACAGAGAGCCGAAUGAAGACCUGGAUAGACUUCACUCGCUGGAUGAAGCAAGGAGCACCGCCAGGAGCAUUCGACUUUUUCACGUACACGGAGUUGCUAUACUGGUUCGUGUUCCUUGUCUUGAUCAAUCCAUUCCGUUGGAAGUGGGCGCUCUUCAUCCUAUUCGGCAUUGGGCAAACACUUCCAUUGGAGAUUGUUAGAAAAGAAGAAGCUUUUCGCAAGAAGCUGGAGACCCAAAGUUAG